GAUAGAACAUGAAAACGGAUUCCCUCCGAUAAAACAACAUAAAUAAAACCGAAACAACUUUUGUUGUUGAACUCAACACAACAAUGGCUUCAAUCACAUGCACCACUCACCAACCCAUCAUUUCAAAUUCCAAAUCUCAAAUCACUUCAAAAUUCUCAGUUUCUUCUCGGUUUCUUGGCAUCAGAGUUAAGAAACUUGGAUGGUCAAGCUCAAGCAUCAAUUCUAGAAUUGGACCCUCCAAUGGUUCAAGAUUCACAAGCUGGUUCAGAUUUGGUAAGAAUGGUGUUGAUGCUGAAGGUGCUGGCAUUUAUGGAAGCCAGUCUCGUGAUGAUUUUGAUAGAGAUGAUGUUGAACAGUACUUCAACUAUAUGGGAAUGCUUGCGGUUGAGGGAACAUAUGAUAAAAUGGAAGCUCUGCUAGGCCAAAACAUUCACCCUGUUGACAUCUUACUGUUGUUAGCGUCAACAGAAGGCGACCUUCCGAAAAUUGAGGAACUCUUGAAAGCGGGAGCGAAAUAUGAUGUGACAGAUGCAGAUGGAAGAACGGCGUUGGAUAGGGCUAAUGCAGAAGUUAAAGAUUUCAUUCUUAAUUUUUCAGUGCAGAGAGCAUGAUUGGUUUGAAGUUAAAGAUUUCUUUCUUGACUUUUCAGUGCAGAGAGCAUGAUUAGUUUGUUCAACUAUAUGUCAAUUGUGUGACAUGGUUGUUUAGAUUAUGAUAACUUUUGAACUAUGUUAUUUCAUAUGCUUUGGCACUUUUUAUUCAUCAUUAGCAUGAAGUUUAUGGCACUAAUCAGUUUAUA